GUCGGCGCCCGUCGGCCUGCCCGAGUACGCUGGCCGUGGGACCAGAGUGCCUCCCUGAGGCCUGGUCGGGGCACGACAGCCUCCCGGGCGCGCCCCUGGCCCGGCACGUCUUUUAAGCGCCCAGGCUCUGCUUCCCUCUCGCAUAAAUAGGGACCCCCUGGGCAUUCGUUGGCCGACGGGCCUCUGCUAAACAGCCCCCAGAUUCACCAGCGCCACAGCAACAUCCUCUGAGUCUGAGCGAACUGCGCCCAGCUCGGGCACACAGUCUCCCACUGCCAGCAACCUGCGGCCCAGGAGAAGAGCGAGCGUGGUGACAGUGCCUCACUGCCACGAGUCCCUGGACCAUCAUGGCUAAGAACCGCAGGGACAGAAACAGCUGGGGUGGGUUUUCAGAAAAGGCAUAUGAAUGGAGCUCAGAAGAAGAGGAGCCAGUGAAAAAGGCAGGACCGGUCCAAGUCCUCAUUGUCAAAGAUGACCAUUCCUUCGAGUUAGAUGAAACCGCGCUAAACCGAAUCCUCCUCUCAGAGGCUGUCAGAGACAAGGAGGUCGUUGCUGUGUCUGUUGCUGGAGCCUUUAGAAAAGGAAAAUCAUUCCUAAUGGACUUCAUGUUGAGAUAUAUGUACAACCAGGAAUCAGUGGAUUGGGUUGGAGAUUACAAUGAACCACUGACUGGUUUUUCAUGGAGAGGUGGGUCUGAACGAGAGACUACAGGGAUCCAGAUAUGGAGUGAAGUCUUCCUUGUCAAUAAACCUGAUGGCAAAAAGGUUGCAGUGCUAUUGAUGGAUACACAGGGUACCUUUGAUAGCCAGUCAACUUUGAGAGAUUCUGCCACAGUGUUUGCCCUUAGCACAAUGAUCAGUUCAAUACAGGUAUAUAACUUAUCCCAAAAUGUCCAGGAGGAUGAUCUUCAGCACCUCCAGCUUUUCACUGAGUAUGGCAGACUGGCCAUGGAGGAAACAUUCCUGAAGCCAUUUCAGAGCCUGAUAUUUCUUGUUCGAGACUGGAGUUUCCCAUACGAGUUUUCAUAUGGAUCUGAUGGUGGCUCCAAAUUCUUGGAAAAACGCCUCAAGGUCUCAGGGAACCAGCACGAGGAACUACAGAAUGUUCGAAAACACAUCCACUCCUGUUUCACCAAAAUUUCCUGUUUUCUGCUACCUCAUCCUGGCUUAAAAGUAGCUACCAAUCCAAAUUUUGAUGGAAAACUGAAAGAAAUAGAUGAUGAAUUCAUCAAAAACUUGAAAAUACUCAUUCCUUGGCUACUUAGUCCUGAGAGCCUAGAUAUUAAAGAGAUCAAUGGGAACAAAAUCACCUGCCGAGGUCUGGUGGAGUACUUCAAGGCUUAUAUAAAGAUUUAUCAAGGUGAAGAAUUACCACAUCCCAAGUCCAUGUUACAGGCCACAGCAGAAGCUAACAAUUUAGCAGCCGUAGCAACUGCCAAGGAUACAUACAACAAAAAAAUGGAAGAGAUUUGUGGUGGUGACAAACCAUUUCUGGCCCCUAAUGACCUGCAGACCAAACAUCUGGAACUUAAGGAAGAGUCUGUGAAGCUAUUCCGAGGGGUGAAGAAGAUGGGUGGGGAGGAAUUUAGCCGGCGUUACCUGCAACAGUUGGAGAGUGAAAUAGAUGAACUUUAUAUCCAGUAUAUCAAGCACAAUGAUAGCAAAAAUAUCUUCCAUGCAGCUCGUACUCCAGCCACACUGUUUGUUGUCAUCUUUAUCACAUAUGUGAUUGCCGGUGUGACUGGAUUCAUUGGUUUGGACAUCAUAGCUAGCCUAUGUAAUAUGAUAAUGGGACUGACCCUCAUCACCCUGUGCACCUGGGCGUACAUCCGGUACUCUGGAGAAUACCGAGAGCUGGGAGCUGUGAUAGACCAGGUGGCUGCAGCCUUGUGGGACCAGGGAAGUACAAAUGAGGCUUUAUACAAGCUGUACAGCGCAGCAGCAACCCACAGACAUCUGUAUCAUCAAGCUUUUCCCGCACCAAAGUCAGAAUCUACUGAACAAUCAGAAAAGAAGAAAAUUUAAUCCAAAUUUUAAAAAGUACAGGUGCAUGACCAGCUGUCAUUUAAAUAUUAUUUCAAGUCUCCAUGUAAACACUCACAGUGCUUCCAUCAGAACAGAAUAAAAUACCACACAACUCUGAAGUCUGCAGAAUGGUUUAAUUCUUUUAUUUCAGUGUUUAAUAGCAGAUAUAUGCAUGGUUAUUAUCAUUUUGUUAACAUGUACAGUAUCCUGGUUUUUGUCUUCAAAUAUGCUGUUAUAAUUUAAAAUUAUUUGUC